UACAGCUCCGCCCUGCUGGUGGAAGGCGGAGUUUAGACUGUCGUACCACGUGGGUUAGAUUUACUCAGUUUUGCCGGUGUUGGAAUGCGGUAUAAAACAGACUGGAAAAGGGUUGGAAGGGGAGACGAGAAGUAUCACUGUGGUGAUUGUUUAUGUUUUCGUAUUUGAGAAAGUUUAAAUAUAGGACCAAAACGGAAACUUUUAAAAAAAAUCAAUCCAGGUCGAGUUUAGGAGAAAGAGGGCCUUCCGAACCAGACGACUUUCACAAGUGGAAAUUAGUUUUGAAGAAGUUGACUUAGUUUUGAAGAAGUUGAAGUUGUGUUUUUUUUUUACACCAUGUUUUAUUCGUUGUUCGUUUAUUACAGUAAAUGAGAUGCAGGUAGCAAACAUUUGGCAAAACGUGUGAGCUAACGCAGUGUAUUCAAGGUUUUUUUUUUAGUUUUUUUAAAAAAAUUUAUUUAACAAACCUCAUGUUCUGUAUAUUUCAGUAUUGAUGAGUCUGAAGAGCCAAGCAAUAGCUUACGCACAUACAGGGAUUUCCGCUGAAAUGAGAACAUAUAAGCGCAUGCACAAAAUAGUCGUGAGCGUUAAGAGAGUCUGAAAACGAAAGUUUUUAUUUUGACUCGUAUAAGCGUUGAACAUAAAAAGAAAAACUACACUUAAGAACGCUCUACGUGGUACCAUAUCAUAACACAAACUGCGUCCCGUGACCAUUGUACUUAAGCAAAGUGACAUUCCAAGGGUCGCAAGUAGCUUUGCUAGUACAGUGUAAACGCUUUGUGAAACCUAGCCUACGCAAUGCCCGAGAAGAUCACAUAUUCAGAAGGUCAGCUGAUAGAAAAUCAGGAUUGUGAGAGUCUGGAAGAUAUGAAAAUAUCGAAACCCGUAAACGCUGAAAUCGCCCCAGAGACGCAGGAAUUAGCAAAUGGGAGUGAACAGGCGCCGACCACUCAGCUUUACAAGAGACGCUGGGUCAUACUCUUUCUCUUCAGCGCCUAUUCAAUGUGCAACUCAUUUCAAUGGAUUCAGUACGGGAUCAUUAAUAACAUAUUUAUGAAGUUUUACAACGUAACCUCGUUUACCAUAGACUGGAUGUCCAUGAUCUAUAUGUGCACCUAUAUCCCCUUGAUAUUCCCAGUGACUUGGCUGUUGGAUAAAAAGGGUCUGCGAGUCAUAGCGGUGCUAGGGUCCGGUUUGAACUGUGUAGGGGCAUGGAUCAAGACAGGCAGCGUCAGACCGGAUCUCUUCGGCGUCACGUUCUUCGGGCAGUUUGUGUGUUCGGCGGCCCAGGUGUUCAUCCUUGGAAUGCCGUCUCGGAUCGCAUCUGUGUGGUUUGGGUCUGAAGAGGUGUCCACCGCUUGUUCCAUCGCUGUCUUUGGGAACCAGCUGGGGAUUGCUGUUGGGUUCCUCAUUCCUCCUCUGCUUGUUCCCAACUUGGAUGACUUUGAUGAGCUUGCACACCAUGUCAGCAUCAUGUUCUAUGGGACUGCCGCCAUGGCAACUCUGCUGUUCAUCCUUGUCAUUUUCGUUUUCCAGGAACAGCCCACGCUCCCCCCCAGCAAAGCCAAGGCAGCUAUCCAGGCCAUCCCCAGUGAGCAGUACUCCUACCUGCAGUCCAUCCUGAAGCUCAUCAGGAAUCCCCCCUUCAUCCUGCUCAUCGUCACAUACGGUAUUAAUACGGGUUGCUUUUAUGCUGUAUCAACACUACUGAACAAGAUGAUUAUAGCGCACUACCCAGGUGAAGAGAUCAAUGCAGGGAGAAUUGGUCUCACGAUUGUCCUUUCCGGAAUGGUUGGGUCACUGAUCUGUGGCAUAUGGCUUGAUAAAACCAAAAGUUACAAAAUGACGACCCUGAUCGUGUAUGUUAUGUCCCUUGUUGGAAUGGUAGUCUAUGCAUUCACACUGAAUCUGGGUCUAUGGGUAGUGUUCAUCACUGCUGGGUCACUGGGGUUCUUUAUGACUGGGUACCUGCCCCUAGGCUUUGAGUUUGCUGUUGAACUGACCUACCCUGAAUCAGAAGGUACCUCCUCAGGGCUCCUCAAUAUGGCUGCCCAGGUGUUUGGGAUCAUUUUUACCAUAAGUCAGGGGAAAAUCAUCGACAAUUUUGGGACUUUACCUGGAAACAUUUUCCUCAGUGUUUUUCUUUUACUGGGCACUAUUAUGACAGGUUUUAUAAAAGCAGAUCUUCGCAGACAAAAGGCCAACCAGUCAGCUGGACCCACUAGACCGGAAGGUGAUUUGCAAGAUUCGGCCUCUUCUCCAGUGAUCAUAAAGGAAGAAAAGUUUUAGAGAGGGGGCAUCUCAUCUCGCACUACCCAGCCCUCCUCUAACUUACCUUCCUGGUGUCUUCACAGCAUAGGGAAACUGGGAAUGAGUUUAUGGGGCCACAAAGCUGGUAUUGAAAGAUACUGCAUUCUUUGCUAAAUGUGUGUUGUCUUUGUUUACAGAAUCCUGUGUUUUCUAUCAAGGAAUUCAAAAUAGUAUUUGCAUACAUACUAUUAUUCAGCAUUAACAGUUGGGUUUUUACUGGAGCAAUCUAGGUAAAGUACCUUGUUCAAGGGUACAGCAGCAGUGUCCCCUACCUGGGAUUGAACCCACGAACCUCUAGUCAAGAGUCCAGAGCCCUAACCACUACUCCACACUGCUGCCCAGUUACUGUAACAUCUCCACCUGGUUGCCAAAACUUGUAAUUUAUGGGGGUGGGAUGGUUCGUGUUUCAUAUAAAAAUCUAAUCUGGAUUUUUAAAAAACUUUUUUAUACAAAAAGAAACAACUGUCCCUUUAUACAAUCCCAGAUGGGCAUACUGUACAUGAAUCAUUCAGGUAAUGAUAUUUAUUUUAAUAAUGUACAAUUUAUUUUUAUGCCAAAUAUUACUCUUUGGAAGUAGUUAUAGUCCUGAGUGCAGAAACCAAGGUAUUGAUGGCACUACAAAGCAGCCUGUAAAGAGGACUACUAUUGCUUUUUAAAGGGGAAAUGAGCUCCCCAAUAACCCAGUUGUGACGUUCAUCUCCUUACAUUUAAUAUUGUGUUUUCAGUCAUUCCUGUUCCAUUUACUGUGCUCCACACCUCAUGCUGCUUUUAAGUUACCUUCCUGCAGAUUAAAUUAUAAACCAUUGAUUAAUAACACUAACCACAUUAUAUAUAUAUAUAUAUAUAUAUAUAUAUAUAUAUAUAUAUAUAUAUAUAUAUAUUAUAAUAUUUUUUAUAAAGUGUAUUUUAAUGUUUAAUUGGGAGUCUGUAAAUCUACUAAUAUUUAUGGAUAUGGACAGAAUAGUACUAGAAU